AUCUCCUGCUACUAUUCUAGGCGAAUGAAUAUGUUUGCAUGUGCCCGAAUCAAAUAUGGCAGCACGUCUGUUCAUCACGUGACACUCGCUCUACGGCUGCCAGUGUCGCGAAGCAGCAGGAGUAGAGGACGUCCGGAUCCCUACAGCCAUGCCUUUUCUCGAUCUUCAGAAUAAAAUUGGGAUCGAUAUCGACAAAUGGAUGCUGUUGCAGAGCUCCAAGCAACCUUUGUGCCAGGCUGGUCGUUGCCAUUCCUUUGAGAAAGACUGGGUAGAGUGUGUACAUGGCAUUGGAGCCAUCCGGGCUCAGAAAGAGUGCAAGGUGGAGUUUGAUGACUUUCUCGAGUGUAUGCACAGAACCAAAACGUUAGAACGCCUAAAUGCCAUCAGAGAACAGAAGAAAAAGUUGGAGAAAGAAGGAAAAUACAAAGCUCCAGAUUUCAGUGAAGACAAAAAUACCCCUUAAUAUCGUCCAAGGAACAACUGUCACGUCAUUUGUUUUUUGUCUUGCAGCAAGUCAUUAUUCUGAAGCAUCCAAGGUGCCGCUAUAUAAUAAUAAAGUGUUCACAUAACUUAUAAGUCUUGUGUC